AUGUCAAGAGCCCAAGCAGAAAGUGUGAUAAAAAAUAUAAUCAGGGAAAUAGCCCAAGAAUGUGCCAGUAAGGGCCAGGCUGUUUCAGAAACAUUAGUUGCAUUCAUGGUAAAGGCAGUAGUUUUGAACCCUGAAAAUGAGUUUAAUGUUGACAGAACUUUAACAAAAGAUGAUGUGCAGAAGCUCAUUAAGUUGUGUGUGUACCGACUUUUGGACUCAGAAUCACCAGCUCUGGACACAAUCAAGAUGCAGGUUUAUUUUGACAUGAAUUAUACCACCAGAGGUGAUUUUUUGGAUGAACAUAGAAGGGUUCUGGAAUCUCGACUACUUCCUGUGACAAGAGAAAUCACAGAUAGCAGAGCCCGAACACGAGAAGAACUGGAAAGUCUGUACAGGAAAAUUGUUUCAGCUAUUCUUCUAAAAUCUGGCCUCGGAAGCCCAACUGACAUUGCUGUUGUUCGGGAGGCAACCGCUGCUCUUCAAUCAGUAUUUCCUCAAACUGAGUUGGGAACAUUCAUGACGCUAACAAAAAGAGAGAAAGAAAGGCAGCUAUCUGAGUUGACCAUGAUUGUAACUGGAAUUCGUCUCUUUAAUAAAGAAUGUGGCAAAGGUGGAGAAGGCAUUGACGACUUGCCAGCAAUACUGAAUGAGGCUGUACCAGCUACUUCUCAGAAUUUAGAUCAUGAGAUCCAGACCACUCUUCACAGUGCAUAUAAAUAUACUGCACUCAUUGAAGCUAUGUACCAGCGCCAACUGCAGGAAGGUCUCUCCAUGAAGCUGCUCAAGGAAGCUCUUAUCAACAGAAGACAGCAUGAAACAUUCCUGAAGAUCAUUCUUAACGAUGUGAUCACAUGUGCCCACCAAGUGGAGCAGCUAGAGAACCAGCUGGCAGUAAGAAUGGAUCAGCUGAAGGCCACAGUACAAGCAAAGACGGCAGUGCCGACAGCACAGGUUUAUCCUCAGUUCAUACAUCUAGCUCAGCUGUGGAGCAGCUUCCAGGAUGAAAUGGUCUUGCUAAGCGUCCUCAGUAACAUCGUGGCAAGCCUUGAGCCAUUUAGCAGUGCCCAGAGGGAGAUGUUCAGUGAUGAUGUUCUUGCCCCAUAUUUGAAUGGUGUGACAGUCAAAACUGAUGAGGAACGUAUUAAUGAAAGUGUUGGUCAGUAUGUCAACACAAACGAUUAUCAAGUAGUAGACAAAGACUGGCUCUUUUCAAACACAACAAAAAACUUUGCAAAGUUGCACUUGCAGUACAGAGGUUACUGUGCCUACACACUUGGUAAAUAUGACCGACUACUGAUACCUGCAAAUCCUGAGAUUGGUGUCUUGUGUUACAAAGAACACUAUUAUGCUUUCUCUUCUAAGAAGGCAGCGUAUGAAUUUGCAGAGGAUCCUGAAGAAUUUAUAGCAUUGAUAGCAGAGGGUGCAAAGAAAAGUGCAGAGUUGAUUCAGCUUCUUGAGCUUCAUACACAGUUUUCUACUAUUGCACUCUACUCACAGGGUAAGGAGUCUGGUAAAUUGAUAGAAAAGCCAAUAACCAAGUGUGACAGUGCCUCACAAACAGACACACACAUCCUAGAACCAAAUAUUGUCAAAACAUAUGAAUGGAAUGAAUGGGAGCUGAGACGAAAAGCCAUCAAACUGGCAAACCUGAGAACUAAAGUUACUCAUGCAAUGCAGACAAACGGCAGUAACAUGCGCAGAGACAAUGAAACACAAGUGUAUCUACCAAAAGAGAAAGACACACAGACCAAACAAGACAACUACAGCAAUAUAUCCAAGCCUCAAGUGUUCUUGGAGGGCCUUAGAGGAGGUGGUACAUCUGUUCCAACCGUGAUGACAAAGGUUGAUCUAACAGUUGAUGUGUCAGAACCACCCAUUGUCAGAGAGUUCCUUGUGAAACCAAAGACACACAACUAA